CUUUCUGUCGCACGGCUACUUGUUACCAAUGAUAAGUCGCUUCUCUUGCUGCGACAAGCAAUGACGACGGCAGAUGCAAGAGCAGUAUAUCUUUCUCUCUUUCUUUCUAGCGUCCGCUUGGCCUUUUUUGCAACGGGUCGUAAGGUCAAACUCGGAAUAUAAUCGUUGGGCGGACCGCAGUACGAACGCGGAUGUCGCGGCUCACGCUGCGUGCAAGCCAGCUUACAUCACCGGUCAGCAGCGGGCUGCCGAAAAUUGCAAGAAGGGUGCGACUCACUUCCGGCCUGAGGUUCCUCUUCGUUCGACAAAAUUCCGUUUUCUUGUCUCGUCGGCGGAGAGUUACCGUGUCGCGAAGCAGGUCAUGAUCGGCUUCGGUAUCUCCUCAAUGGUGAAUCUCGGCUUCAGUCUCGCGCUGACGAUACUUUUGGUCCCGCUCCUCAUUAUCGCGUACUUAGUGAAGUGGACGCGGAAAUGUCGGGUACGCUUCGUGAGGUGGAAGUAUCCGAGCUACGUGGUGGUGGAGCACAAUAGCAUCCGCAGCAUCCUGGAUCAAGGACGAAACCACGGCAUCUUCACGCUCCUCGUGCAAGGACGCUCAAUCGCGGAUGGAGCGAGGAAUCACCUGGCGCAUCUCGCUUCCAGCAGGAGACUCCUCAGGUCGAACCUGUUCACGCGAUGGGGCGUAUACGUGUGGAAAGAGCUCGACUACUUCUCCGUCGACAGCCACCUCGUGAAGUCCCCGGGCUUGUUCCGCGGUCGGCCCAUCACCGAGAGCAACAUACAGGAUUACGUAAGUGACGUCACGUCCAAGUUCCUGCCGGCGAGGCUGCCGCCAUGGCAGGUGCAUGUAGUGAAUUGCCUCAUGAACGGAGAGGAGUGUCAGGUGUGCCUGGUGCGAGUGCAUCACUUGCUACUGCGACAGGAGCAUCUGACCUUGGCGGACUUCUUGCCGUUGAAGUACUCGACAGACGACUGGACAUGCCUAGAAAGCGACUCACCCUUCACGAAUUUGUACACCGCGCCUUCCGCUUUGCCGCGUCUUAGGCAGAUGCUGAUUGAGAGCUUCAGCAACUAUUGGAACGAUUUCCUCUACAAUAAUGACCCCAUCGAGCGGCCGGAGAUCCUGAAGAAGCGGAUUGGGCUGUUCCAGUGCGGCAAGAUCGCGAUGAUAGUACUGGUCUGCACCUUGAAGGAGCUGGCCAGACAAUGCCGAAAGACCGAAGGCUUGAGGUUCCCGGAGCUCCUGGCGAUCGUGCGACGCGAGUCGAGUAAACGAAACUUCUCCCCUAGGAUGGUACUCGACUCCGUCCUCAAGACCUUCAACCCCGUCGACGUGUUUUGCUCGUUCGUCACGUGGUCCUGGUACAUCAUGAUCACGUCGUUACUGAAGACGCCCGUUCUGCUCCUACGAGAGCUGCAAGCUCUGAAUUCGCAGCGCAAGCAUUGCCACCCGGAGACCCUGACGUACACGCUAUGGUGUUACCUCCCGCUGAUGUUCCAAGCGAUGCGGGAGGCAGUGUCCAUCAGUUGGAUAGCCGUAACGACGCCCAAAGUCAUCCUCGAGGAGUUGUUCUUCAAGCAUCCGCAGUCGAAUCGGCUGCAGACCAUCUCCCCGUGCGGCAGAAAGGUAGUGGCCUGGUCGGAGAGAGUUGACGUCGAGCUCGUCCGCAAGAUCGCCAAUGUAACUGGCGCGACCGAGGCGGAGAUCCUCUUGACGGCCACCGUGGACGCCCUGAAGGAGUACUUCAGGCACUCGACGAUCAACAUACCGAACAAUGUGUUCGCGACCGUGAAAUUUGUGAGCCAACGGGCGAUCUUCCUGCGGAAUCACGAGGCCCGGGGUAUCCUGUGCCUGGCAUUACCCAUCAGGACGCCGUUCUUCAACGACGAUCUCAUCGAGAUACUGCAGGUAGGAAUAAUCACCGAGAGGCUGCGAGAGCGAUUUUCUCAACGCGCUUGUUUCCCCAAGGUUAUUCAGAAGAACGUCCAUGACGCCAGGUCCAGGCAGAGUGCGAUCUACGCCAUCACGGCGGCGGAAACGUCCCGCGGAGUGAUUUCGUCCUGUUUGCCUUCUGUCCUCUUGAAGCUGCUGCUCAACCAACUCACCAAAAGAUAUUCUUUCUGCCUGACGCACGUGGACGGAGAUUUACCCGUCGAAGGGGUAGACACCGCGGUUUAUUGGCGGCCACCGCAAGGGAACUGCAAUAUGUCUAUGACCUUGCACAAGCACGGGAACGCAGUGCGCCUCGGCAUAAUGGGAGACGCGCUGAUCGGCCCUCAGCACUUCAUCAUCGCGCGAACGUUCCCGAAGAGCGUGCAAAACCUCGCUACCAUCUUGGGCGUUCCGCGGACGCUCAGCCGAAGUUCAAGUCCUAGUCCGCUGAGUCCGACGACAUCUCCAGGAUAUUGAUACGACUCGUCACGCACUCGACUCGAAAGGGAAGCUCACGGGUCGUCGAUAGGACUUUGGAAUUUUCCGCGUCGAGUUUUCCCACAACGAGCUUCUUUCUGUCGAGUAGUAGCCGAUUAGUAAUCGAUUAAUCGCGUGUUGUUACUUGAUAUUUAAAGCCAAUGUAUUUGUCGAAAAGAUAAUACAUGCGUGCGUGUGUGUGUAUAUGUGUGUGUGUGUGUGUGUGCGCGCGUGUACGAAAGAGUACGUGGUUCUAGACUCGACGGCACAGCGUCAGAAUUUUUAAG